AUGAGACGUAUAUGGCACACGUCUAGUAAACAGAUUCCGGCAACUGUGUUGGCUGCACUGCUGGUGUGUUCCUCCCUCAUCUACUGCAUCACCAACAAUCCCUCCCUCAUCUACCCCACCACCAACACUCCCUCCUUCAUCUUCCUCACCGCAAACACUCCCUCCCUCAUCUACCUCACCACCAACAAUCCCUCCUUCAUCAACCCCACCACCAACACUCCCUCCCUCAUCUACUUCAUCACCAACACUCCCUCCCUCAUCUACCUCACCACCAACAAUCCCUCCCUCAACUACCCCACCACCAACAACCUCUCCCUCAUCUACCCCACCACCAACACUCCCUCCCUCAUCAACCCCACCACCAACACUCCCUCCCUCAUCUACUUCAUCACCAACACUCCCUCCCUCAUCUACCUCACCACCAACAAUCCCUCCCUCAUCUACCUCACCACCAACAAUCCCUCCCUCAUCUACCCUACCACCAACACUCCCUCCCUCAUCUACUGCAUCACUCCAAGCGCCACUCUAAGUCUCACGUGCUCUACUACCAUUAAUGUCACCUGGUCCAAGUGUCAAUUUUCCCAAGAAAUCUUCCCAUAUUCCUUCGAAGUGAUCGAUUUCCGAUCGUCCUUCCGAAUCCAGCGAUCGCCGAUGAUCGUCUUCUUCGAGAAAUCUUUGAAGAUGAGAGAUCGUAGAUUCCAUAAACGUCAGCCAGGUUUCUCUUGA